AUGGCGACUGUCAUUCACAACCCCCUGAAAGCGCUUGGGGACCAGUUCUACAAGGAAGCCAUCGAGCACUGCCGGAGUUACAACUCAAGGCUGUGCGCAGAGCGUAGUGUGCGAUUACCCUUCCUGGACUCGCAGACUGGGGUGGCCCAGAACAACUGCUACAUCUGGAUGGAGAAGAGGCACCGAGGCCCAGGCCUUGCCCCAGGCCAGCUCUACACAUACCCUGCCCGAUGCUGGCGCAAGAAGAGAAGGUUGCAUCCCCCUGAGGACCCAAAGCUGCGGCUGCUAGAAAUAAAACCCGAAGUCGAGCUGCCUCUGAAGAAGGAUGGGUUCACCUCAGAAAGCACCACACUGGAAGCCCUGCUCCGCGGUGAGGGUGUGGAAAAGAAGGUGGAUGUCCGAGAGGAGGAGAGCAUCCAGGAAAUACAGAGGGUUUUGGAAAAUGAUGAAAAUAUGGAAGAAGGGAAUGAAGAAGAGGAUUUGGAAGAGGACAUUCCCAAGCGGAAGAACCGGACCCGAGGCCGAGCUCGUGGCUCUGCGGGUGGCAGGAGGAGGCACGAUGUCACCUCUCAGGAAGACCACGACAAACCUUACGUCUGUGACAUCUGCGGCAAGCGCUACAAGAACCGGCCCGGACUCAGCUACCACUACGCUCACACUCACCUGGCCAGCGAAGAGGGGGAUGAAGCCCAAGACCAGGAGACCCGGUCCCCACCCAACCACAGAAAUGAGAACCACAGACGGGCAGGAAGAAUAUCUCCCAAACAAGAACAUCUUUCUCAAGAGCAAGCCCAGAAGGGUCCAGAUGGGACAGUCAUUCCCAACAACUACUGUGACUUCUGUUUGGGGGGUUCUAACAUGAACAAGAAGAGUGGGCGACCCGAAGAGCUCGUGUCCUGUGCAGACUGUGGACGCUCCGCUCAUUUGGGAGGAGAAGGCAGGAAGGAGAAGGAGGCAGCGGCCGCAGCACGCAGCACGGAGGACUUAUUCGGUUCCACGUCAGAAAGUGACACGUCAACUUUCCACGGCUUUGAUGAGGACGAUUUGGAGGAGCCUCGCCCCUGCCGAGGACGGCGCGGUGGCCGGGGUUCGCCCCCAGCAGAUAAAAAGGGCAGCUGCUGAACCCGCACAACAGACUCUGGGCAAUCCGCCACCCCUCCCCCCUGACUCUGGUCAUUGUUUUGGUUCCAAUGUCUAUAUUUUUUAAUGAAAGACAACUUAGGUUUGCCCUUGGUCCUUGCUUUUUCCUCUCGACUUCCACGUGUCCCUUCCUCCCUGCCAUCCUUCUCUUUUUUUGGGUACGUACAACAGAAGCACAAACUACUGAAACAAAACAAAACCACAGGAAAGAGCAGGAUGAGGGUUCUUCCAAGAGAUGGCAUUGCGAUGUGCUAUUGAUUUCCUGUAGAAGCAUACCGUUGGUUGGAUUAUUCUCUUUUAUGGGGGAGGGGAAGGGGAUCUUUUUGACCCGAGCAGAGUUGAUGUUCUCAGUUUUUGUAUUUAUUGGCAAAAUGAAGAGAAGAGGGAACACUGGGUUUGAAAACAAAGAACCAAUCACAUUAAAAAUAUUAUUUAUAUGUGCUAGUUGUAUUAGGAUCAGACUUUUUUUUUUUUUCUUUUUUGAGAGAGAGUGAUGGGAAAUCACAAAAAUGGCAAGAAGAGCCUAUUUAGAAGUAAGCCACUGGGGAGCUCAGUGGCAGGCUUUUACACCUGCUGUGCCCCGUGUUGUUCGUGACUCCCCAUGGCAGACCUCCCCCCGCCCUCCCCCAUUUUUCCUUCCUGACCUUUCCAUCUUCCUCUCUGCUUGGAGAAAAUGUCAACAGUUCCAGAGAAGGCCAGGGCCGCCUGUGUGUGGCCUUCCUGCAGCCCCCUGGAGGGCCCUGCCCAGAGCAGCUACCCCUGCCCCUGCACAGUGCUCCUCCACUGCCAUCAGCCCAGCCGCUGCCGUGCUGGGGCUGGGUUCACCUGACCUUCCUCCUGGCAAAGAACAGCUUCCACAUCGCAGGAACGGAAACCCAAGCAGAAAGUCACAGGCUCAGCAGUGUUGAAGCCUCUUGUGGAAGAAAGACUGGAAUGGCACAGUCUGUGUCCCCUCCCCUUGCCCUGGUUUCAAAACAAAAUACACACCCACUGGAUGCUCAA